GAAAACAUUUUUUUCAGGGAGGAAGAAGCACAGGAAGUCACAAUUCAGCAUAUUGCCAGUUGAAGGCCAGUUGAAAACAAAAUAAAGGAGAAUUAGAAGAGAAUAUGGAGGAAGUAGCCCCGUACACUCUUGAUCGAAUGUAAAUUGGUGCCGUGUUAUAGAAAAUGGAAACCCUUUUUCAAGGAGAAAUGAAGAAAAAAACUGUAUAUACCCUAAAUGUGGGAGAUCAGGAGUAUGAAGAUAUGGAAGACAAAGAAAACAAAGAUAAUACUGCUACCACUGGUCUGUUGUACAGUGAAGCUGACAGAUGCCCAAUAUGUCUUAAUUGCCUAUUAGAGAAGGAAGUUGGUUUUCCGGAAAACUGUAAUCAUGUCUUCUGCAUGACCUGUAUUCUUAAAUGGGCAGAGACACUGGCUUCAUGUCCUAUUGACCGAAAACCUUUUCAGGCAGUGUUCAAAUUCAGUGCAUUGGAAGGUUGUGUUAAGGUCCAAGUAAAAAGACAGUUGAGAGAAACAAAAGACAAGAAAAAUGAAAGCUCUUUUAAGAAACUGCUCUCCUGUCGUGAAAAUUCUAAAAGCUGUAUAAGAAAAAAAGUCCUAAGAGAAGAUUUAUUAAAUGAAAAAGUUUAUGACUUGAAGAGGAUACAUAAAAACUUUAAAUACAGUGAAAUUGGAAGAAAGAAAAAUGCAACAAUAAAAAUAAAUAAGCCUCGAAGAUCAAAUCAAUGUACAAGUCAGUGCUUCAGAAAUUUUUUCUCCAAUAUGUUUUCUUCUAGUAGUCACACUGGGGAAUCCUCUUUUACCUGUGGAGCUUACUGUACAGGAUAUAUAGAAGUCAAUGAAAUCAGUGCAUUAAUUAGGCAGAAGAGACAGGAACUGGAAUUGUCAUGGUUUCCUGAUACAUUACCUGGAAUUGGAAGAAUUGGCUUUAUACCCUGGAAUAUUGAAACAGAAGUCCUUCCUCUCAUUUCUUCUGUGUUGCCAAGAAACAUUUUUCCAACAAGUACCAUAUCUGUAGAUAAUUUUGGUACCUCUUGCAAGGGAUGUGCAUUAGCACAUGCUCAAGGAGGAGAAGAGAAGAAACAAACUUCCGGUACAUCAAACACCAGAGGAUCAAGACGAAAACCCGCAGCAGCAACGACGCCUACAAGGAGAUCUACACGUAACACGAGAGCUGAAACAGUCAGUCAGUCUCAGAGAUCUCCAGUGUCAAAUAAUUCUGGGUGCGAUGCCCCAGACAAUAAUUCAUCUGUAAGUGUUUCUUCUUUAGCUGAGCCAGAAAAGCAAACAAGACAAGCUCCAAAACGGAAGUCUGUGAGAAGAGGAAGAAAGCCACCUUUACUGAAAAAGAAGCUACGGAGCUCUGUGCCACCCCCUGAAAAAUCCUCUUCUAGUGAUUCAGUAGAUGAAGAAACAGCAGAAUCUGACACACCACCUGUGUUAGAGAAAGAGCACCAAUCAGAGGUUGAAAGUAGCAAUACUUCUACGAUGCAAGUAAAUGUAGAAAAUGAGUCUGCUAAUGGCUUGAGAUGUUGCAGUGAAGAAGUAGAAGUAAGUGAGGAACAUACUGAGACCCUUGAUACACAGAAAGGAAUGGAGUCUUCAUGUGCUGAGUCUUGUGCGCAAGGUACUACUGUGCUAGUUGGAGAAGAGGAGGAAGUUCAAAAUGUUGAAGAUACCAGUAUAGAAGCUGAAUUUUUGUGUUUAGAAAGUGAGAAUUCUAAAAGUGUUUUGGAAAAAGGAAGUGGCGAUUCAUUAGAAAAUCAAGACCAAGAAUCUGAACCUUCAGAAUCAGAGGUAAAAGCAGAUACAAGUACAGAUCACCCUCCAAAUGAUGUUCUCACCUGUUCAGGAUCUGAAAUUGAAGUGCUAUACCCUGUACCAAGCCUAGGCGACUCACCUGGGAAUGGAGAGUCAGUGGUUAGUGAAGAACCUGUUAAAGAAGGUCCUAUGGUAGAAAUUAUUGAUCAUGAAGAGUCUAUAGUAAAAGCAGAGCAGCUUGUAGAGAGCCCCAAGUUAGAAUCCUCUGAGGGUGGACUUUUACAGACAGUGGACAAAAGGUCUAUUGACAGCACAGAGGUCCAGUUGCUUGGGUGUGCUGAAACUGAAGCUACAGAAGUAAAUGCAAUGUGUGAUACGUCAAGGAAUGAAAAUUUUGAUAGUAUUCAAGACUCUGAAAAUAAUUCAUUAAAAAGUAACACAAAAUUAGACAAAUCUUUAGAAGACAAGACUGAAUCGCUCAUUGAGCGUCACAGCUCUGCAGAAGUGGCUAGUGCACAGAUUGAACAGACUCCGAAGCAUUUGGGCGAGGAUAACACUGAAAUGAUACCUAUGGAAUGUGAUUCAUUUUGCAGUGAUCAGAAUGAAUCUGAAAUCGAACCACCUGUAAAUGCUGAUGCUAAACUUAAUGAAAAACAUGUGGAGCACAGUUCUCCAAAUAAUGUGCUAUCUUCUGACCCCACAAAUGAAAAAGUGGAACCUGCAUCUCAACCAUCUGAAAGCCCCGUAGAUACAGUAGAUAAAGCCAAAAAGCCCCGUACUAGAAGAUCUAGAUUUCAUUCCCCAUCUACAACGUGGUCACCCAACAAAGACACUGCACGGGAGAAGAAGCGUUCUCAAUCUCCAUCGCCCAAAAGAGAAAUGGGAAAAGAAAGCAGAAAGUCUCAGUCACCAUCUCCCAAGAAAGAGUCUGCAAGAGGAAGGAAAAAAUCUCGUUCUCAGUCCCCAAAAAAGGAUAUUGCAAGAGAAAGGAGGCGCACUCAAUCUCGAUCUCCAAAAAGAGAGAGUACCAGGGAAAGCAAGAGAUCUGAAUCACUCUCUCCCAAAAGAGACACUUCUAGAGAGAACAGAAGAUCGCAGUCAAGAGUGAAAGAUGCCUCCCCAAGAGAAAAAUCCAGGUCCCGGAGCAGAGACAGAGAAAGUGAUAGAGAUGCACAGAGAAGAGAUCGGGAUAGAGAAAGGAGAACCAGGAGAUGGUCCAGGUCCAGGUCUCAUUCUCGGUCACCAUCAAGAUCUAGAACCAAAAGUAAGAGUUCAUCAUUUGGUAGAAAUGACAGAGACAGUUACUCUCCUCGAUGGAAGGAAAGAUGGACAAACGAUAGUUGGAGGUGUCCCCGAGGAAGUGAUCGGUACAGAAAGAGUGACAUGGAGAAGCAGAAUGAAAAUACAAGAAAAGAAAAAAAUGACAUCAGCCCAGAUGCUGAUGAUCCAAAUUCUGCUGACAAACGUAGAAAUGACUGUCCCACGUGGGUAACAGAAAAAAUAAAUUCUGGGCCUGAUCCAAGAACCAGAAAUCCAGACAAGUCAAAAGAUUCUCACUGGGAAGAACAUAGAAAUGAAAAUUCAGGAGGAAACUCUUGGAAUAAAAACUUUAGUUCAGGGUGGAUGUCUAAUCGUGGCAGAGGGAACCGCGGCAGAGGUGCCUACAGAGGCGGCUUUGCCUACACAGAUCGAAAUGAAAAUCGGUGGCAAAACCGAAAACCCCUCUCAGGGAAUUCAGAUAGUUCAGGGAACGAGCCUUUCAAGUUUGGGGAACAGCAGCCCUAUAAACGGAAAAGUGAGCAAGAGUUCUCAUUUGACACACCAGCAGACAGGUCGGGGUGGACAUCAGCGUCCAGUUGGGCCGUCCGAAAGACUCUGCCCGCGGAUGUACAGAACUACUACUCACGCCGGGGGAGGAACGCUUCAGGCCCACAGGCUGGGUGGAUGAGACAAGAGGAGGAAACGGCUGAACAGGAUUCUGACCUAAAAGACCAAACAAAUCAACAAAGUGAUGGUUCUCAGCUACCUAUAAAUAUGAUGCAGCCACAGAUGAAUGUAAUGCAGCAGCAAAUGAACACCCAGCACCAGCCUAUGAAUAUCUUUCCAUACCCAGUGGGUGUUCAUGCACCUUUGAUGAACAUGCAGCGAAGUCCGUUCACCAUGCAUCCUCAGCUGCCCCUGCACCUGCACACAGGAGUGCCCCUCGUGCAGGUUGCAGCUCCCCCCAGUGUAUCUCAGGGACUGCCACCACCUCCACCCCCACCCCCGCCCUCCCAGCAAGUUGGCUACAUCGCUUCACAGCCAGAGGGAAAGCAACUGCAGGGUAUUCCUAGUGCACCUCAUGUAAGUAAUAACAUGAGUACACCAGUCUUGCCUGCUUCGACAGCAGCCCCAGGAAAUACGGGAACGGUUCAGGGACCAAGUUCUGGUAAUACUGCGUCAUCAAGUCACAGCAAAACCUCUAAUGCUGCUGUAAAAUUGGCAGAAAGCAAAGUAAGUGUUACAGUGGAAGCCAGCGCAGAUAGCUCGAAGACAGACAAGAAAUUACAAAUUCAAGAAAAAGCAGCACAGGAGGUAAAACUGGCUAUUAAGCCUUUUUAUCAAAAUAAAGAUAUCACCAAGGAAGAAUAUAAAGAGAUUGUACGGAAAGCAGUAGACAAAGUUUGUCAUAGUAAGAGUGGAGAAGUAAAUUCUACUAAAGUGGCAAAUCUGGUUAAAGCCUAUGUAGACAAAUACAAAUAUUCACGGAAGGGAAGCCAAAAGAAAGCUCUGGAAGAACCUGUAUCCACUGAGAAAAACAUAGGCUGACGUGGGGAGCACUAUAAAGGACAUUGUCAAGAUUUCUGCAAAGUGCAAUUUCAACAUGUACCUUUAACUGAAAAUCAUACAUAACUGUGAUUGAAAUUUGGUUUUGAUAAAAUUAUUUUUUUUAAUGUAGGAUAUAAUGUUUUGUUCUAAAUAAAUAUAGUUCUGCACUGCAACUUCUAUAUCCUUUUCUUCCCCUCCCCCAAUAAAAACAAAUUCAAGAGCAAGUAAAGGAGGGUUCAGGAUGUGCAUUUUCACUAGGACUGUUCUAGAGUGGAUGCUGGGAACUGUGCAGCGUGUUGAUUUGAGCAUUGUAGUGCAGAAAUGAGAGACUGCUAAGUGCACUGGCUUUAGAAGAGAGAUAUAUAAUACAUUUAUUCUGUCAGGCUAAAAAUAAAGUAUGAUCUUUAUGAUUUUCCCUCUAAUUAUAGAAAGUAAAUAAUGUUUUACCAUGAACAAUACUUCUAAUAACAGAACAGACCAAUUGCAGGGUUCCUAAUGUGUAUUUUUAAAGCACACAUCUAAAUAAAUUGCUUAGAGAUCAAACUAUCAUAUGAGAAGAAUUCAGUGUUUGACACUUUGGGUCACUCUUCAUCUAUUGUAUCACCAAAUAAAGGUUAUGCUGCUUCUUUUUCUUUUGUGCCUUUUUUUCCCCCAAUUGAGAUGAAGCAAUUUGAUUUGCUAGAUUUCUAACUUGGGCAGUCUGAAGUCUCAAAUCUUAGUUGGCCAGUCUGGAUGAAGCUGGCCCUGUAGGCGCUAGGGACCUUGCUGGUGCAGUGGCCACAGACAGGAGGCGCUGUGCUGCCGGGGCAUGGCUGAGAGCUGUGGCCCCUCCUUUCUGGCCACGGAGGUAUCGAGAGACUCCUUCUACUCAAGUAAGGGAGCACUUUUCACCGUGAGAUAGCUUGCAGCGCUCCCGCAGCGAGGCAGUGUUAGCUUGGUGGCUGUGAGGUAGCCAUUGCCCAUGUUGCAAAAAAAUUCUAGACAUUAAAAUCUGUGUGUGGAGAAAGGAGAGGAAUUAAAUGGAGUCUUCACUAGGCUUUCAGGGACUAGGGAUUUGGUGGGGUUUUUUAAAGUACUAGAAUAUUUUAUAAAAGGUAAGUUUCAAAUACUGUAACACCAUUAUUUUAAUGCCAAUACCAAAUAACUGGAAAGCUACUCAGUUAAGAUAUAAAAAUGCUCAAAGAUCGGUUUCUGCCUCAGCAGGACGGACUGAGUCUUACUAGCUAAAUUAGCAGAAGCAAUACUAGGUAGGAUUGUGCUUUUCUGAGGUAAAGUUUCUCUCCAUUUUAUGUGCGUAAUACUUUACUGGUGCUAGCUUUGAUAGGCAAAAAUACCUUGAAAUGUUGACCCCAAUAAUGAUUGUGCUAAUUCAUAAUCUUUAUUAUAUUAUGAGCAUGGUCCCAAAAAGUGUUAGAAAUACAUCCAAACAGUUUCUGAUCUUUAGUCUUCAUUUUUGGGCAUUUGUAAUAUGGUGUUCUACUGGUUUAGAUAUAUUUUUAAUUAACAUUUGUGUUUAGAUUAUGAUGGGGAAGAAAUCCGAAUGUUUCUUCUAUAAAAAUUAAGACUGUUUUCAAUUAUGCCAGCACCUUGUUUGUUUCAGUUUUGAACUCUAGAAACAACUUGUGAACUUGCAAUCUCUUAAGCCUGGUUCACACUGAACAUUUUGUAGCAAAUUGUUGUGCCUGAGCUGUGUAAUCAUAACUUUCAGUAAUGUUGGAAGUGGAAUGACAUUUUAAAAUUGCUUUAUACCAUUUGGUUUUUGCAAAUAUGUUUAAAAGUUCUGAAGAAAACAAACAAGGUGCUGUGGCCAGGAGUUAAGUCCCACAUCAUGGAUUCUCCCCACCUUUCUUGAAAAUAACAAGUGUGUGUUCCAUAUCAGACUGGGGUCAUGGUUAGACUGCAUUUAAAAUAGCUACUAAAGAAUGUUACUGGCGAAUUCAAGCUUUUAAACUUUGAAAUAUAUAAGAAUGUAGUAGAAAGUGCAUGCUUCAUAUUAACAAAUGCAUUGCCUUAACAUUUCCCAUUCUUGCUUUUUUUUUUCCCAGAAAUUUACAUUAAUUUUGCAUGUGCACAAACUUAAGAUCAUUUUGUGGGAUAUAAAAUUCUCUUGUUAUUUAUAAAGAUUCAGUAUUAACUUGACCUUUGAAACUUUGGUCCCUUUAAUCUACUAGUCACGUUGACCAAUAUUCUGGGCUAUAGUGAUGUCUGGAAUUUUGAGACUAAAAGUAGUUACCUACAAUUUUAACAUUCCAAAAGUUCUGAUUUUUUUUUUUUUUUUUUUUGUAAUUACCACAUUUUCUCCAUUAUCUGCCUUUCAAUGGCCACAGUGUGGUAUGUACUGCUUGAAUGUUCCAUCCAAAAGGUGUAGCUCAGAAGCACAGUGGCUGCCCGUGGCCCAUGAGACAGUGUGUGUGGUAGGAGGGUGGAGCACUGUCUACUGAACAAUAUGCGCAAACAGAUGUGUAGUAUGUAAUAUUUUCUAAUAAAUGCUUUUGAUAAACAAAGUGGUGGUGUUAACAUUUUCUUGUGGAGGAUCCUGGGAAAUGGUGACUUUUACCUCAUCAUAGGUCUUUCCAAAAGUGCUGAAGUAUAUCCUGGAUUUGCACCAAAAGUAGGUAGCUUCAUGGCAACAACUAUUAACACUGAUCAUACUGAUCAUAAUUGUUAUGACUUCAUCCUUUUCACUUAGUGAUGUAUUGAGAAAUUCCACUUUUAUUAAACAAUUC